AUGUUAAUUCUAAAGUUUAUAAUUAUUCUGCAUUAAAUAUUGAGUAUUAGUGCAAUAUGUUUAAGAGAUGAAAGAUCUGACACUAAUAGGUGUACAGGUGUAGCUUGCCAAGAGACUUACUAGUGUGAGUGGUUUUGCAGCAAUGGUGUCUGCACAAAUGAAAGACCACCAGUCAAAGUCCCAGAUAUUGUCUUCAUUCUACUAGGCUGUUUUUCAUUCGUUAUCAUAUCCUUGAUCAUUUACUUUUUCUGCAAGAGAUGUAAGCAAAAUGAUGAAGAAAUAGAGGAAUUUCAAACUUACUUGGAAACUUAGAGAGGAUAGAGAGAUUCAAUUGACAUGGGGGGUAUCAAUAAUAAUAGCAAUAUAGACUUUUAAGCAAAUUAUAGCUAUGAAAGAACUCUCACUACUGUUCAGUAGAACAUUUUAGAAAUGCAAAGCAAUAAUAAAUAAAGGAAUAAAACGCAAACCUCUAAUCUAGACCAUAGUGGGACUCUUCUAGAAAAUACAUAACAUUCACUGAACUAUGUUGAUGAUGAAAGUGAUUUAUGA